AUGGCGACAACAACAAAAACAACAACGACAAACUCCCUCCCCUCGGGGACAGGAACAGGAGGAGGCCUAAUCACCCAAAUGCUCACCCACACGCCUCUCCAAUACACCUUCUCCUUCACGCCCUUCCUACAAAAGACCUACCAGCACUCGCUCCCUGCCGACCGACCCAUCUGCAAAGCCUACGUAUCUGGCAACUGUCCGCUCAAAUCGCACUGCCCGGAGCGCCACGUCACCACAUCCAACACCAACACGGGUGGCGGCGGUCACGGCGGCAAUUUCUCUGGUGGCUUCGGCUCUUUGGUGUGCAAGCACUGGCUGCGCGGGCUCUGCAAGAAGGGCGAGUCGUGCGAGUUUUUACACGAGUACAACCUGCGCAAGAUGCCCGAGUGCAACUUCUUUGUGCGAAACGGGUACUGCAGCAACGGGGACGAGUGCUUGUAUCUGCACAUUGACCCCUUGUCGCGGCUGCCGCCCUGUCCGCACUACGAGAGGGGCUUCUGUCCGUUGGGCCCCAGGUGCGACAAGAAGCAUUUCCGGCGGAAGCUGUGCUUGUAUUAUCUGGCGGGCUUCUGUCCGGAUGGGAAACUGUGCAAGGAGGGCGCGCAUCCGAGGUGGACGGCGGAUAAGGAUAUGGAGAAGCCCAGGGCCAAGGGCGAGAUGACGGCUGAGCAGCUGCAGCAACAGCAGCAACAGCAGAACAUGAAUGGUGGCGCUGGAGGAGGUGAUAAUUAUGGAAUGGGUGGAAUGGCGCAGCAGACGGGCGCGAACGAGUACAUGGACCGCGAGAGGGAGCGGGAUAGGGAUAAUAGGGAGAGGGAGAUGAUGAUGGGGGGACGUGAUAGGGACGGCGGCGGUCAUGAUCGUCACAAGGAUCGCUUUGGUGGUGGUGGUGGAGGAGGAGGCAGAGGUAGGGGAGGAUGGAGGGGAAGAGGAAGGGGAGGGGGGUUCAGGGGUAAAGGUCAUUAG